GUUGCCUGUGCCAAGAAGAGUUAAUUUGUUUCCUUGACAUGGGGAACUCAAGCAACUUACUGAUCAUGAGGCUUAUAAUCAUUCUUGUGGCCCUUGUGCAGUCUCUGAGUGCCAAAACGCUCAACGUGGUGGCUGAUUACGGAGCCAAAGCAGAUGGAGUGAGCGACAACAGUGCCUCAUUUCUCAAGGCAUGGAAGGAUGCCUGCAGCACAGCAGGGGAAGCAACAGUAUAUGUGCCCUCUGGCCAGUACCUGCUGCGCCCCACUCUCUUCUCAGGCCCCUGUGUCUGUACCAACAUCACUGUUCAGGUUGAUGGGAAAUUGAUUCCCAGGACCGACUCUGAGGGGUAUGGCACUUCAUCCUACUGGCUUCAGUUUCAAGGAGUGAAAGGGAUGACAUUCAAGGGAGGAUACCUUGAUGGCAAGGGCUCGGCAUUGUGGUCCUGUAAGGCUGGUAAAGGGAUGUGCCCCGAUGGAGCAAGGACGUUGGUGUUCCAAAAAGUGAGGGACGUGCUGGUAACGGGCACCACCUCCAUUAACAGCCAGCUCUUUCACAUCGUCAUUGAUGGCUCCCAAAAUGUGCGGGUGGAUCGAGUUGACAUUGUGGCGCCUAAUGCAAGCCCCAACACCGAUGGUAUACAUGUGGAAGACUCGACGGGAGUGACACUCACCAAUUCCAACAUUGGCACCGGAGAUGAUUGCAUUUCAAUUGGCCAGGGAACUCAAAACUUGUGGAUUGAGGGCAUCAAGUGUGGUCCGGGACAUGGCAUAAGCAUUGGAAGUUUGGGAAAACAAGCCGUAGAACCAGGGGUCCAAAAUGUUACAGUGAAAAACGUUAUAAUGACGGGAACACAGAACGGGUUGCGGAUAAAAUCAUGGGCGAGGAAAAGCACUGGGUUCGUCAAAUCAGUACUGUUUGAUGGAGCCACCAUGAACAAUGUCGACUAUCCCAUCAUAAUCGAUCAAUAUUAUUGCCCCGACCGCAUAAACUGCCCUGGUCAGAAUUCCGGCGUGAAAAUAUCGCAAGUUAUAUACAGCAAUGUGCGCGGAACGUCGGCAACUCAAGUGGCAGUGCUGUUCAAGUGCAGUCCGAGCAGUUGGUGCCAAGGGAUAAGGAUGAGUAAUGUGCAGCUCUCAUACAGAGGCCAGCCUUCUACGGCCUCAUGCCAGAAUGCAAUUGGGACUGCCAGCGGGUUAAUGGUACCACAAAGUUGUCUACAGCUCUCCUCUACCUGAGCCAGCACAACACACAACCGAUGUGUUGUUUCAGAAUUAGUCAAAAUGUGUGUUCAGCAACAUAGAAGCAUUACAUUCACCUUUUCUUCUUCUGUUGGCUUGCUGGGGGUUAGGCAAAACCAUGAUAGAUUAGACAUAACCUGUUACAAUACUGAACAUAAAUACUCCAAUGGUAGCUGCCUUCCCCUCGUUAAUCUGUCAUGCUAAGUUCCUUACAAGGGAUGAACUGAGAGAUUGUCAACGUCUAACUGUUCAAUAUUAUUCCAUCUAACUUAUAGUUCUGUACUUUU